GAACCCUACGUUUCAACCCUUUUGUUUUUCUGCCUUAUAAUUUCCCAUCUGAAUCAACAUUUUCCCCAAACCUAAUCUUUCUUCUUCUUUUCUCUGAGAAAACGGUCCAAAGAGAAGAGUCUAAUCCGAGGUGCUGUUUGUACCGGUGGCGCGUAUACUGCACCCGCUGCAAUGGGCCAAUCUCCUUCCGCUGCUUUAGAUAGGGAGAACUCCUUCAGCGAUCGAUUCGGCUUUUCCACUUCUAGUUUUGUUUCCAGCGAUGGAUUUUCCGAUGAGUUUGUGGAGAAUCGGGAUUACACAGCUGAGAUUCCCGAUGACUGUUUAGCUUAUGCUUUUCAAUUCCUCGGUCCCGGAGAUCGGAACCGUUGUUCGCUCGUCUGUAAGCGGUGGCUUCGCGUUGACGGUUGGAGCCGCCACCGAUUGUCUCUCAACGCCCAAUCUGAGAUCGUCGCUUCUUUGUCUUCUCUCUUCACGCGCUUCGAUUCCGUAACGAAACUCAGUCUGCGUUGUAGCCGUAAAUCUAUCAGCUUAAACGAUGACGCUUUGGUGAUGAUCUCAAUCCGUUGCCGAAACCUUGAACGGUUAAAGCUGCGCGGUUGUCGUGAAAUCAGCGACGAAGGGAUGUUGGCUUUUGCUCAAAAUUCUAAGAAUCUGAGGAAGAUUUCUUGCAGUUCUUGUAUGUUCGGCGCCAGAGGCUUGAACGCCGUCCUUGAUUAUUGCACGAAUUUAGAAGAGUUAUCGGUGAAAAGGCUCAGAGGGAUCAACGAUGGAGCUGAGGCUAUCGGGCCGGGAGCGGCGGCUUCUUCACUGAAAACGAUUUGCUUGAAAGAGCUCGUUAACGGUCAGUCCUUUGAACCGCUUGUUGUUGGAGCUAAAAACCUUAAAGCUUUGAAAAUUAUUCAUUGUUUGGGUGAUUGGGACAGAAUCCUUCAAUUAAUUGGGAAUCAAAAUCGAUACAAAAAGGAAAAUUUAGAUCCUAGUAACUAUGAUAGCAACGGUAACAGUGAUCAGUUGAUGGAAAUUCACCUUGAGAGGCUUCAAGUAAGUGAUAUAGGCCUAUCUGCUAUUUCCAAAUGUACCAGAAUUGAGAGUUUGCAUAUUGUGAAAACCCCAGAUUGUUCGAAUUAUGGGCUUGUUUGUGUAGCUGAACACUGUAAGUUGUUAAAGAAGCUUCAUGUUGAUGGGUGGAGGACUAAUAGGAUUGGAGAUGAGGGUUUGGCUGCUGUUGCCAAACAUUGUCCUAAUUUAGAAGAACUCGUUUUGAUUGGUGUCAAUGCUACUUAUUUGAGCUUGGAAGCCAUUGCUUCUAAUUGCUCAAAACUCGAAAGAUUAGCUCUUUGCGGAAGUGGGAGUAUUGGUAAUACAGAGAUUGCAUGCAUUGCAGCAAAAUGUAUGGCCUUGAAGAAACUUUGCAUCAAGGGGUGUCCUAUUUCGGACAUCGCCAUUGAAGCAUUGGGUUCUGGUUGUCCCAGUUUGGUGAAAAUUAAGUUGAGGAAAUGUAAAGGAGUGAGUUGCGAGGCCGGUGAAUGGUUGCGCGAACAAAGGGGAUCUCUAGUGAUCAAUAUGGAUGCUUGUGAGAUAGAUGGUGGUUUCGAGGCUAGUGUCACCAAUGGUGGAAUUCCUGAAGCCGGGCCGGAUUACCCACAGGUAACCACCGGAGAUGCUUCGACGAGCAGCAACGGCAGGUUAGGACUGUUAAGGUCAAAAUUUGGGCUUUUUGCUAGUAGGAACAUAGUGGCAUGCACAUUUAGGAGGUGGUCUAAUGGUGAUGAUAUUUUCAAUAGCAACUUGUGAAUGAUCUUUUGAAGAGUUGGAACAAUACUCUUUUCUCCGAUCAUAAUGCAACUUGUAAAUUUGCGAGAUGAAUCAUUAUUUUAAAAUGCUUUUUGUACUUCUUGAUUUACAAUUUUUUCUUGGGAAUUUGGAAAACCAUUGG